ACUUCCAUAUAUUUUAAACAUUCAAACUUGUAACGUAACCGACAUUUUGGUUUAAAAAUUUUGUCGUAAUGGAAAUUGUUAAGGAGACUAAUAACACCGUGACCAUACAAUCAUUAUGUGAUAAAAUAGUUACGUUGCAACUAACUGUAGAUUUUGUGUCAUUUGGGAAACAUAACAGAGCCGAGUAUCACAAAUUAAUUAAGGAGAUUAAUCACAGAAAACAGCUGAUCGCAGUUGAUUUGUUAGUAGUAAAAAAGUUACUCACAAAGUAUUGUUUAUUGUUCGAUGAAUUGAAAAGUUACGAGAGCGUUAUCAAAGUUCAAAUGAAGAAACUUGAUGAAAUUGCUGAAUCUAUACAAAGCCACUCGUUAAAUAGCUUGGUCCUAAGUAAUUCGCCAAGAGCGGGUACUCCGGAUUUAGAAGUUAGUGUUGCAUUUAGUGAUUUUACGCCUACAAUACCCUAUCAAAAUAAAUAUAAGGGCAAAAUUACACGUAAAUACUUAACGUUUGAUAUUGCACCUUUAUCGUUUGAGGAGUUCGCAUCUUUACCCAAGUAUAUGGUGGGACGUUUAACACUGGAGGUGGUAAACAAUUUUAUUCAAGUUGUAAGUGAAGCACUCUUCAAUAAAUAUGAGCUACUAUCGAAACCUUCACAUGCAAUAAAGACUACAGAAAUGCAAUUGUAUAGAGAGUAUAAACAACAACAAACUGGUACUUUUAAAGGCAAGCAAUUUGUUACAGAAGAAGAUAUAGCCAGGGAAUGUAAUAGGCCGUCCUUGGAUAAGAAAGCGCUUAAUUUUUUAACAAUACUAAGACAUACAAAACGUUUGGUAAGAUCAUCUUUAUCAGGGAAGUCUAUUUAUGUUGUGUGAUAAUUAGUUUUUAAUUUGUAGAUUUUAUUGCUAAUUUUGUAUUUAGAAAUGUUUGCUAAUUUCAGUAAUUGUAUUAAAGUGCAUUUUAUUAGUGAUGGUUU